AUUUAAAUUUCGAGAGCUGGGCUUAGGGCUUAGCUGGGAAACAGUGGAAAGUUUUGAGCUCUGAUAAACCACACGAAAACAUCUCGAUAUAAAAGAUAACAGAACGAUAAUAAUGUCAGAAGAAAUCUUGUCGAAAGACUUAAGGGCUGGCUUGAGCCUUGAAAAAGAUGAAAAAGAUCCUACAACAUUAUCGCAAUUAUUUGACAACGCUUUCGAGCUCUUUAAUAAUAUUAAUAAAACUCAGGAACCGACAAAUAGCACAAAAGUACAGUCAGAUAUAAGGCAGACAAUGCAUAUGUUUGAGGAAGCAACAAAACUGGUAUCCAUAGUGGAUAUGUUCAGCGACAAUGAAACUUUCGAGGAAGUUGCUACAGAAAAUAUCAAAUAUUUCUUACUACCAGCUCUACUGGGCAAGCUUACCACCAAAAUAUGUAACAGUGACGACAGGAUGCAUCUUGUUAAAGUAGGAGAAAUUUAUUUUGUGGAUUUCCUGAAACGGCUGAAAGCAUACAAUCUGACAGAUGUUGAAAUACCAAAGAUUAGUGAUGAAAAGAAAGAAGCAGGAGAUAAUCAAAGUAAAUUGCAGAGCGAUUCUCCUAGCAUGUUGGAAGACAUGGUACUUCGUAGAAAUGCAAAAUUACAAAGAUAUAAGCAAGAGAAAGAUUUGGAGUCUCGUUUGGAUACUCUGAAGAAAAAUUUAGACAAUCCAAACGUAGAUGAUGAAAUAAAAAGAGAAUAUUUCGUUACUCUUUUAAAAUUGUAUGCAGUUCAGAUAGUAGAAGAGUUGAAUUUCUUGGAAACUGAGAAAACAAUUUUGAAAAACACAAUGGAAAUGGGUUCAACACGUUCUGCUUCCAAAUCACAGAUGGCUCAAAAACGAAAACCAGCUCCCAAAUUACAACCUAUUAUCAUUACGCGUGACGAGGUGCAGAAGAAAGUUUUUGGAGCAGGCUAUCCAAGUUUACCAGUCUUAACAGUUGAAGAGUUUUACGAACAGAGAGUCAGAGAUGGAGACUGGCCUGAUCCAUCGCAGCAUAAUGGAACAAAUCGAUGUUUGCAAGACAUGGCGAAUAAAAGUACAAAUGAAGACAACGAAGCCAUCUUGAAGGAGGAGAGGGAAGAGAAAGACGAUCCCGAACAUCUCGAACAAACGCGCGCAAUGGAUGAAUAUAAAGACACGCAUCGUCGCGGAUGGGGUAAUCGUGCUAACAGAAGUUAAAUUCAGGAUAGAUUUAACAUUGUUACAACGUUCUAUAUUAUGGUAUGUUUUUUUACGUUUUCGUGUUUUUAUAGCCCUUUAAUAUCUAUAAUUUUGUAUGAAUCAUAUUUUUGAUUUAUACAAAAUUACAAAUCUAUCUUAAGAUCUUGUGGCUAAUCUAUCUGUUCUAUUUUAUGAGCAGGAGAAGGUGGAUGCUAAUUUUUAAAAUGAAUAGCGUAAACAUAUACAUAUGUACGUAUACCUUGUUUAUUAGUAUAAACGUGAACAAAUCUACAUUUUCUAAUAAAAUGAAUGGGAAUUUAAUCAUCUCCGCACGGUUAAAGUAAUUUUCGACAAUAUAAAAAUAUAUAGUUUUGCAAAACUACAUAUGUAUUUGUAUUCCACUUCGUGUAUAUAUAUAUAUAUAAUAAGAAAUUGUAGAUUUUGUGUGAAACAGAAACAGGAAUGUUCUUUAUCAGUUCGAUGUUCCAACAUACUACUCAUCGAAAGAUGGGAAUAAAAAGCGUUAAGUAAUUUA